AUGGAGUUCCCGGAAGAAGCUUCUCAGCCUGACGAAGUGAAUAACGUAAACAGCGACAUGCCUGCGCCCGAAGACACCGAAUUUAAAACAACCCAUGAAACCGAAAGUUCAGAAGAUGCCAACAGUUCAACGACGCGACCAGUCUCUACGGAGUUCUUUGCCCCUGACUUCGACACUAUCUGGGAGCAAUCCGACGAUUUGUCUGACAAUUUGUCUAAUGAUUUGCCUGACGAUGUGCCUAAUACUAAUGAUUUGCCUGACGAUUUGCCUGAUGCUUCGUCCUAUUCAUAUGACGAUCGCUCCUCAAAUGGCUUUUUUGGUGACAUUAACAAUGGAGAAUUUGCAUGGCGUCGAACAGAUAGCACAUUUAUCCAAAAUUUGUAUCGACUGAUCGAAUUGCGUUCGGAUACAAGCACAACGGGGACAGUGGAUAAAGCUAUUAUCCAUCCGCCAGAUUUGGGAAACUUGUGCAAUACAUUGGCCCCCGAAAGUUAUCAUUCUAUCGCCGAUAUACGCUUUGAGAAAUUAGGGAAAGAACAUCUCGAUCUUGUUGGCUGCUACGGGAACCGUGAACUUAUUUUAAAGCUAUUGUUACAGAGCAACUGUAUCAAUCAGGACAGGUUAAUAGCAUAUAUUAAUAUUGAUAAGUAUCAAUAUUGUAUCUUUUACAUUUACGCCUUUCUUAUGUCCAUUAUGUAA